AUGAGAAUCAUCAUAGAGCCGUCAUUGGACUGGCAGACACCACUGUACAGCGUUUUUGUAGACUUCCAGAAGGCGUUUGACAGCGUGGACAGGGAGGUCAUCUGGAAACUGAUGCAGCACAUCACCUCAAAGUACAUCACCAUCAUUCAGCAGCUGUAUGAAGAUGCAACCUGCCAAGUCAUACACGAGGGAAAGCUAACUGACCCCUCCCAGAUACAGUCUGCUGUACGUCAGGUGAUGGUGGUGGACUGGAUUAUGCGGCAAUCUACUGCAGGCCAUAAGACCGGCAUCCAGUGGACAUUCACCAAGCAGUUGGAAGACCUCGACUUUGCAGAUGACAUUAGCCUUCUCUCUCACAGACAACAACAUGCCCAGGAGAAACUAGAACGUGUCGCAGUAGAGGCAGAGAAGACUGGCCUCAGGGUCAACAUCAGGAAGACCGAGGUCCUACGCAUCAACAACCAACAGCAAGACCCUCUAAUUUCUACAGCAGGAGGAGAUCAAGGAAGUAGACAAGUUAACUUACCUGGGCAGCGUAGUGAGUAA